AUGCCGCCGACGUCUCAGGGCUCAGACCUUGAUUUGGCGGGACUGGUAAGAGAUCACGGCCGUGCAGUACCCGCGUGCAGGGGGGCCGCUAUCUCACGGUCUCGCCGAGUGCAGCGCUGGAGUCCAUUUGCUCGCUGGCGGGCUGUGGCUCCACGCGAUGAUCCACCAAAAGGAGGCUCUCUGGUGGACGGCGGGAAGCCUGUUGAAGCGAGAUCGAUGAACUGUACAGAUGCAGAGGCUGUCGGAAGCAGGACGAUGGAGAUGUGUCAUAAAUCAUCUCCAUCGAUGCUUUUUAGUCUCUUGCUCAAUGAUGGAAUCAGGAUGGUCUAG